CAAAGGCCAUGUCAUACACGCCUCGAAGGCUGCGGCAGGUUUUGGUUGUCUCUUGUUUUGUAAUGGUUAUCUGAGCUGCUAGAGAUGUAUGAGAAAGCAGUAGCAGGGGUGUUUGGUGCAUGUGGCGCCUCUUAUGCUGCGUACAAACUCAUGUUUCCUUGGCUGGGAAAGGACUUGUUUGAUUUAUCUGUGUUCGGAAGACUCCGUAAAGCGUUGAUGGCCAUUGAAAAGAGUGACAGGCGCAUUGGGGACGCCUUUGAUGAGGUGGCAGGCAGGACACCUGAUAAAUAUUUCAUAAUUUUCAACGACAGAAUUUACACCUAUGGACAAAUACUUGACCAAGUCAACAGAAUUGCUCACAUUGCCAAAUCAUGGAACCUUAAGAAGGGUGAUGUGGCUGCAGUGUUCAUGGAAAAUGAGCCUGCAUUUGUGGCGGUAUUCUUGGGGUUACAAAAAUGCGGAAUUCCACUGGCGCUGAUAAAUCACAAUCUCAAAUCACGGUCACUUGAGCAUUGUCUUAGAGCUGUGGAUGCCAAAGUUAUCAUUUGUGGAUCAGACGAGCAUCUUAUGGAAUCCCUCUUGGAGGUACUACCUAAUCUGUCUGACCCCUCCGUCUUUGUCCAUGGCUUGCCAUCGCAGGAGUUACCUGUGCCUUUCCAGUCUCUGACAGAUCUCAUGGCAGACGCCGUAUCUACCUGUGUGGGGAAGGAGGCACAAGCACACACAACACCUGAUGAUGUUGCUGUCUUCUUUUACACAUCAGGAACUACAGGAUUGCCCAAGCCAGUUAGAAUUACUCAUGUGCGCACUGCGUCAGGGACAGUUCUGUUACCUUCCUUGGCGAAUAUGACACCAGAGGAUGUGGUCUACACCACAGUACCCCUGUACCACUCCUCAGGGUUUCUCAUUGGCCUGCUCGGAGUUAUAGGGGCAGGAGCUACAAUGGUUCUGAGAAAAAAGUUUUCAGCAUCACAUUUCUGGGAAGACUGCUGCAGGCAUAAGAUCACAAUUAUUCAGUACAUUGGAGAGCUCAUCCGUUAUCUCAUGGUCCAGCCUGAAAGUGAUCGUGACACAAAGCAUUGUGUCAGAGUAGCAGUAGGAAAUGGCUUGAGAGAGGAUGUAUGGGAAAAGUUUCAGAAACGUCACAGAAUUCCCAUGAUUCUUGAAUUUUUCGCCGCUACAGAGGGUACAACACUUAUGGUGAACCUUCACAAUGUUCCGGGAGCCUGUGGCAGGUACUCUCCCUUGGUUCAACUGAUUGACCCUUAUCCCAAGUACUUGGUGAAAUAUGAGCCAGGGACAGAUCAGCCAUUGCGAGACAAGAACGGGCGUUGUAUCAAAGUCAAGAGAGGAGAACCAGGGUUGCUGCUGUCUGCCUUUCCCCCUACUGUGCACCCUGAUGACAUGUACCAUGCCAACAAAGCUGCUGUGGAGAAGAAGCUCGCCCGUGAUGUGUUCAAGAAAGGGGACCUGUAUUUCAACUAUGGAGACCUUUUAUACCUUGAUGACAACUAUUUUUUCCAUUUUGCUGACAGGAUAGGUGACACAUUCAGAUGGAAAGGCGAGAACGUCUCUACCCAGGAAGUGGCCAAUGUUCUCGCCACCCUGGACUUCAUCUUGGACGCCAAUGUUUAUGGUGUGGAAAUUCCUGGUCAGGAUGGGAAAGCAGGAAUGGCUUGUCUGGUUUUGAGUGAAGGUAACACAGACCUGACAGACUCCAUGUGUAAAGCCAUCUACAAGGAGUGCGUCAUGUCACUGCCAUCCUACGCAAGGCCCCUGUUCCUACGUGUCCAGGCACAGAUGGAACUCACUGGCACCUACAAACAGAGAAAAGUUGAACUGGUCAAGGAAGGCUUUGACCCUAACAAAAUAACUGACCCACUGUUCUGGCUGGACACAGCAAAACAGAGUUAUGUCCCCCUGAAUAAUCAGCUGUAUUCAAGGAUUUUGAUUGGUCAUUCAAGGCUGUAACAUAUCGCAUAAUUUAAGGGAUUAGACUCUUGUUUUAAGACUAACAUAGUUGAUAUUUUUACAUUUUUAAUUUUAGAAUUCAGAUCAAUUUUGCAUUUCAAGCCUAAAGAUAAUUAUUAUGGUAUUCAGUAUAACAUAUUACUGAAGUGAUAUUUCUUGAUGUUUUAGAAUUGUUCAUUGUUCAUGAAGAGCUUGGAUGUAUGAGUGAACUGAAUUUUAACUUUCUAUUAAUCCAGAUGUACAUGCACAGAUAGGACAAAGAUCACAGUUCAUAAACUUUUCCUGUCUAUUUCUCAAUCUAACAUACAAGUAAUUAUUUCCAGCAUUGCUACACUCACAGUUG